AUGGGACCAGCGAUGCGCUCACUGCUGCUCUUACUGUCGCUGGCCGCGGCGGCCUUCUCCGCCGCCGUGGUGCCGCCGGUGGCCGUCGAGGACAACGAGGUGCUGGCCGACUGUACGGAGCGCGGGGACCUGGUCAGCUGUCUGGGGGUGAAGACGGCCGCCGCGCUCGGCCGCGCCGCCCGCAUGUCCGACAUCAAGCUGGCCGACGGCGUGUCGUUCGUGAGGACCGGCGCCGCCGACGACCGCGACGGCGGCCGGGCGCUCGCCUCCGAGGCCGACAUGCAGAACGCUAUAGACAGCCAGGAGCCGGACAGCCGCAGCGACAGGCUCGUCGACCUGAUGCUGGAGGCCACCGGCAGGUUCCUCAGGACGCACUCCCUGCAGUUCAAGCUGCCCGACGAGAUCCCGGGACAGAUCCAGCGCGCCCUGCAGGAUGAAGGCCGUGGUAAGAAGAAGAAGCUGUUGAAGGCUCUGCUGCCCAUCCUGUUGGGAGUGGGCGCCAAGAUGUUGCUGUUGGUACCCCUGGGUCUGUUGGUGGUGGGCGUGUUGGCGUUCAAGGCGCUCAUCGUGAGCAAGAUCGCGCUCGUCCUGGGGGCCGUGCUGGCGGUGCAGAAGUUCCUGCGCGGCGGCUCUGGCGGCAGCGGCGGCGGCUGGGCCGGCGCUGGAGCGUCCGGAGGUGGCUGGAGCAGCGCGCCGGCCGCAGUCGGCUCCGGCUGGAGCGCUGGAGGAGCGUCCAGCGGACCCGGGGGCGCGCCCGGCGGCUGGGGCCGCAGCCUGGAGGGCGACGCGCAGGAGAUCGCAUACAGCGCGCACGCGCCGCGCCCGCACCAGGACUAG